GCUGCAGGCAGGUUGCUGCCACAGGGCAGAGCUUGAAUCCACCUGUUUGCUAUUACUCGAGUUGCUUGGAGAUCAUAAACACCCUGGUCUCGAGAUGUGUGGCUGCAGAGCAAGCAUUCCCAGCACGGAGCAGCGCUCAGUCAAUCAGCCAGCUCCUGCUUCCACCAAAAAAAGCCCUUUGUCUGCUGCAGGCAUGCCCAAGGGCAUACCCAUAGCCAAGCAGCUGGCAUCAAUAAAAGCUCUAGGAAAAGGCUCAGACCUUGAAAAAGCUUUUGCUACAGUGGCUUUGGUGUAUAACAACAAUGCUGACACUGAGGGCAAGCUCAGCAGAGCUGAAACCAAGAGCUUGCUGCAAACCCAGUUUUGGCACUUCAUACAGGGCCAAGAAAACAAACCAAAAUACCAGGAGAUAAUUUCUGACUUGGAUGAGGAGCCAGAGAACAAAAUUGAUUUUGAAGAUUUCAUGAUGACAUUAGUCAUGCUCACUCUUAUGUCUGACCUCCUGCAGGAGAUCAAAAACGUGAAAACCACAAAAUGA